GAAGGAAGCGCUCUAUUCCGGUAUCAAGUGACGUAUUAUACACGCGCCGUUCGGUGUUCUCGUACGUAUUUUGUAAACAGUCGCGUUUCUGGAUUAAAGAAAUCCGUUUAUCUCUCGCAAUGAACGAAGAAUACUACGGCAAUAUUGGAGAAUGGGAGGGACAUGACGGCAACAUGGAGGAUGGAUACGCGGAUGCUGAGGCUGAUGGAAAAGUUCAGGAGGAGUGUCUGCAGAAAUUCUCCAGCAGAGACUAUAUUAUGGAGCCCACCGUGUUUAACACCCUGAAAACGUAUUUCCAGGCAGGUGGUUCACCUGAGCAUGUCAUCCAGCUGCUCUCAGAAAACUACUCUGCUGUUGCACAGACGGUCAAUCUUCUAGCGGAGUGGCUCAUCCAGAUGGGUCAGUGAAUGUUGGCCAAAUAU